GUAAAAUUGAAGGUCUUAGCUUUUUCUCUCUUUCCUUUGCAUUGCUUUGUGUCAUACACUAUAAAGCUGAGAAAGGAGACCAGAUGCGAACGUGCAUUUUUUUGUGGUUUUGCAUUAUUUUUUGAGGCAAUUCAGAGCAGUCCCAAAGAUUUCGUCUUUCAGACUACCGCCUUCACCUAAGAGCUCCUGCACCCAAAAUUUUAAGGUCAAUCAGGUUGAUAAGUGGUCUUAGUAACCUUGCUUAUAGGGACGAUGACCGAAGGGUCAUGCAUGGCUCGGCAUCCAGGCUCGGCGCAAUCCCAUCACUAUCGGCUCGAGCCAACCAUCGACCUCUGCUCAAUGGACAUGACCGUCUUAGAAAGACAACGAACCAGGCUUAAAUGGCUCAAGCCCCAAGACUUCGGUGGCUCGGCUUCAACUAACCUCUUCCCCACUGGCUCACAAGCAGAUAAGCAUCAGGAGUCAUCGACGGCGCUGAUCGAGAUGCUGAGCCGGGCGGACGGUAGGGAUGGGGGGUGGCCGGAUCUGACGGCUGGGUACUUGGCUCAGGGAGGCGGCUUCGAGCCUUUGCCUGAACCGGCUCGACUAGGGUUUGGAACCGGUGGGUCGGCGGCGGCUAAUAACAGUGAGAUGGAGGCGGCUUGUCGUGGAUUAGGGCAAGCUGCGAUUUCUAGAAGCUCGAGUUGUCCAGCUGACAUUGACGGGCAAGAAGAAGAUGAGAAAGGGAGGGUUGCUGCUUCCCUAAAAGGAAGUUUUAAGAAGAGGAAAGCAGAGAAAGCUCAAGGUCACGCAUCAGAGGCCUCUAGCCCUAAGGGGAUGGUGACCGAAGAAAUGAAAGACAAGAGGAUCAAAGGAGAGAGAGAUGGUGAUGGAGAUGAAGAGGUUUCGAAGCAGAGGAGAAACGACAACAAUAACACUAGUGAAAUGUCAGUUGAGACGACAAAGGACAGUUCAAAGGCAUCAGAGGUUCAAAAGCCUGAUUAUAUCCAUGUCCGUGCUCGUCGAGGCCAGGCCACUGAUAGCCAUAGCUUAGCAGAGAGAGUAAGAAGGGAGAAGAUCAGUGAAAGGAUGAAAUAUUUGCAAGACUUGGUACCAGGAUGCAACAAGAUCACAGGCAAGGCUGGGAUGCUGGAUGAGAUCAUCAACUAUGUUCAAUCUCUACAACAGCAAGUAGAGUUCUUGUCAAUGAAAUUGGCAGCCGUGAAUCCCAGGCUGGACUUUAACAUCGACAACUUCUUCACAAAAGAGAUAUUUUCUCCUUGCAAUAGCAGUAUGGUCUCCCCUGAACUUGCGUCUGCUUCGUACCUUCAUUUUAACACAGCUCAACCCGCUGCCAUGCAACCAGUAACACCGUGUUGUGGGCUAGAUGUACCAAUAAGCACCACUGAGGCCCUACGAAGAACUACGAGUGGACCUGUUACGAUCCCUGACCCAUUUAUUGAGCCCGGAUUCCAAGGCAAUGGAUCUUUGCCUACUUGGGAUGCUGAUCUUCAGGCCCUUUACAACAUGGGCUUCCUACAAGGAAGACCAGCUGCCUUUCCAUCCCCACCAUUUCCAGGAACUCAGGAAGCCAACAACUUGAAGAUGGAAAUGUGAUCCCACCCACCCAUGUUUUGAUCUCGUCCUUGUCAACGAACCGGAGCAAUAUCCAAAAUUGCGCUUGAUGAAGCUUCUUAUUCUUUGCUACCGUAUGUAUUAUAUAUAUAU